AUGUUCGUCUUCAGACCCCACUGUUUGGACCAGCAGCAUUUCAAGUUUGCACUACUCACCAGUGCUAGUGGCCACCAUGUUGAAAGAAAACGUCCUGAUGUGAAAACAACAACUGAUUGGUUUGCACCAAUCAUAUGGGAAGGAACUUACAACAGACAAGUCCUGGAAAAGUAUUACAAAAAGCUGAACAUUACCAUAGGCUUGGCUGUAUUUGCUACUGGAAAGUUUGUGGAUCAGGACCUGCAACAGUUCCUCCAGUCUGCUAACAAGCACUUCAUGAUUGGCUGCAAUGUUAUCUUUUACAUCUAGAUGGAUGACUUCUCCAAACUACCUCCCAUAGAGUUAGGUCCCCUGAGCAUUAAACUAUGUGCUGCACUCAAACAACCUGUGUGGAAAGACUUUAAUUACAUAUACAUGGAAAACUUGGAUGUGUACAUCACAGAACACAUCCAACAUGAAGUCAACUUUCUCUUCAGUAUGACUGUAAACCAGGUCUUUAAGAAUGACUUUGGGGUGGAAACCCUGGGCAAGUCUGUAGCUCAGCUCCAUGCAUGGUGGUAUUUUAGACAUGCUGAAAAUUUCCCUUAUGAGAGAAGACCUAAAUCAGCAGCUUUCAUCCCUUUUGGAGAGGGAGAUUUCUAUUACCAUAGUGCAAUUUUUGGUGGCACACCCCAUGAGGUUGUAGCCUUCAUUAAAGAAUAUCAAAAAGGAGUUACCAGUGACAACAGAAAUGGACUCAAGAGCAUAUAUGAACAUUACUUAAACAAAUAUUUGUUUAUCAAUAAACCCACUAAGUUAUUAUCACCAGAACACAAUUGGGAUCCAAAUUUUAGAACUCCCCCACAAAUUAAACAUGUGAAGAUAGCAUGGCAUUCAAAAAGCAUUUGAUGGUUCUAUCAUUAGAUUUAUGGAUUAAUAAGUGAAUCACAAUAAUUCCUCAAAUAUGAAACCUAUUAAAUAUAUCAGUGUUAUUGAAACUUAUGAAAAUGUGCCAAAAAUGUGCAAUCUUCCAAAAUAAAUUGUUUUUCUCCUUGCAAUUUUAAACCAUCUAAAUCUACCUAAACUGGAUUAAGAAUAAAUGGAUGUUAAUUUAA